UUAAUGAACAACGCGGUAUUCGGUAAAACAAUGGAAAAUGUGCGCAAUCACGUCGACGUUAAACUUUUGACCAAAUGGGACGAACGGUAUGGCGCGAAAGCAAUGAUUGCGAAACCAAAUUUCCACAGCCGCAGCGUCUUUGCGGAAAACUUAAUCGCCGUCGAACUGCGUACACUCGAGAUAAAAUUCAACAAGCCGAUUUACCGGUACGGCCCAGACGUACUUGCUCAACGCAUCGAUGACGGUGAGUAUGUAGUGAUGACCUCUGUUGAAAUUCGAGUACGGACGCAUCUCGACGAUGUCAGCCUGCCACAGAUCGUUGUAUCCCCGAAUUAUGAUACGUCUUCGCGGAAAAUUUCUCCUCGCCGGAGCGUGCAAUUCCUCAACGAGUCGUCGCCUCUCGGAGCUAACAUUUUUUUCACGUCCAUCAGCUCGCAUGAUGUUUCGACGAUGUUUAAUAGUAAAUAA